CAAGAGCGGAGUUCCCCUCUCCCGGAGGGUGAAGUUUGCUCUGUGGCCCCUCCUUUUCCGGAAAUCUUUUCGCGUUUCUCAUUCCUCCCAGGGCGGUGUGAGUUUACCGGACUAGUAGCGUACCGUUCAUCAUGCAGCGAGGAAUGACCCUGGCCCGUCGGCUGUUUUCAGUCCAAAACCGGCUCCCAGUCGCGGCCGUUCGCGGCUUCCGCUUUGCCGGUGGGCCGCGCUGGACUCACAGAGACUCCGGGACCCCGGUAAACGAAUAUUCUCCGUAUAAACUUCAAGGCCGGAUACCCUCAGUGUUCGACAGAAAGUGUCUGCUGUGGACUGGACGCUUCAAAAGGGAGGAGGACAUCCCAGAAAUGGUUUCCAUCGAAAUGCUUCUAGCGGCGAGGAACAAGAUCAGGGUGCAGGUUUGCUACCUGAUGAUUGCCAUGAGCAUUGUGGCCUGUGUGGUGAUGGUGGCCUCAGGAAAGAAGGCUUUCAGGGAGCAUAACAGCCUCACCAAGUGGAACUUGGAAAAAAAAGCCAAACAGAAAGAGCAGUAUCUGCAGGAGCGUGGGAUAGUCACUGAAAAGGCCCAGUAGCUGGGCAAAGACUCAACAGCUCCACUUUGAUUGAAGAUAGCUGAUAGAUAUUUUCAACAAUGGCUGCAUAACUCAUGAGCAUAAAGACUGGUAUAUGCAUACUCCACAUCAAUCUUUUUAAUAGUUGCUCUUUAAAUUAAUCUAUGGUUGGUAGUGUUUUAAUCAGAUCCUUUCCCACUUUGUUCUGAUAUAACCAUUCUAUAUUUUCCCGGUAAUGUCAUGACCCUCACAUUAGAUCCGGUUGUUGCAAACUGUCAUGUUUUUGCCCAGAUGAGAUACCCAGGUGCACUUUUAAAAUAGAACAAUUAACUUAUUGAUGCUUUUGCAUGUCUCUGUGGAGUCUGAGGACUAUUUUUAAAGACUCCUGUUCCCAGGAAUGGUACACCAGUCCAUUUCUCUCGGCCCUCAUGAACUAUCACCUCUACCAUUUCUAGUUUUUCUGUUGGCAUGCAUUCAUGGUACUUCGCAUGUGUUUUAUUGUAACUCAUUUGAACCCCAUUUGCCUCCAUCAGUAGAGCUCAAUUUUAACCUGUAGGAACACAGCUACUGUUGUUUUGGUUUUUUUCAACAUAGAAUAUAAAAAGAAAUGCUGGUGCACCAGGUCAGUAAAACACACUGCACUUCACCACAGCUGGCAUGACCCACAAGAGAAAUUAUUCUGCAAUCUUCACGAUUGAUCAUUAGUACUCAAAGCACUUAGAAAUGCUUUAACUAUAGAACUGCAGUGACAUGAAAACAGUUUGUCAAUUGUAUGAGAUUCUACAUUGAUAUUUUUGUAAGACUCUGAGUAAAGUAUUACCUGUCUAAUGUACUGUCUAAAUGAAUAUUUAUUUGGAAUCAAA